AGUCAUGAGACUUAGAAAAGUCUAUCGCAAAGACCGUUUAGAAAACAGUACUAAGAAGAAAGGAAACUUCAACAAGAACAACAAGAUAUCAGUGGUCAACURUCAGGAUGUCCCAAUGUUUGCACGAGAACCGUUUAUUCUUACAGGGUACAGGACAAGUGCCACAAUCCCAGAAUGCAUUACUUCGUUAUUCAGGACUCACAACGAGACUUUCAACAUAUGGAGCCAUAUUCUAGCAGCCAUCAUGUUUUCACUGUACUCAACAUACAGCCUGACUGGACAGCAGUACAUCGGCCAACCAGAAUCCUAUCCUAUACUUUGCCUUUGUAUGAUCACGAUCUUAGCAUUUUUAUCAAGCGCUUUUGCGCAUCUCUUUGGCUGUAUUUCCUGGAAAUGCCAAAACAUAUGUUUCUAUUUAGACUACGCUACAAUAAGUGCUUAUACCUUUACAGGCGCCAUGUGUAUUUAUUACUAUUUUCCAGUUCCACCAGAUUCUGGGAAGCUUUUUUUGUUUAGGAAUGAGUUGGUGUUCCUCGGUAUGGCAAUGUUGCUUUCUAUUAAUAAUUUAUUCACAUCUUGCUUAUCAAGGCACCGCUUUAGAAAAUAUGGGUUUAUUUUCCGAAUUAUGUCUUUUGGUGUUAAGUAUUAUUUCGACAUUUCUCCUUUUGUUUAUCGCUGUUAUAUGUCCAGUUCUUAUUGCAGUUAUAGUUCUAUAAGAUAUUUAAAGCGCAGCUUUUUGUGGUACAAUUUAGCCGCGUUUAUCAAUAUGUCCAUGCUUCCAGAGAGGCUGUCGCCGGGCCGUUUCGAUUACUUUGGCGCUAGCCAUCAAAUUUUCCACGUUUUCAUGUCCUUGGGAAAUUUUGAUAGCUUUCAUGUCUUUUACGAUGUUUUAUCUGACCAGAAAUACUACAAAACUACCGGUACCCACCAGCCAGGGUUGCUAACCACCUUUGGAGUGUYUCUUAUCUUCAUGGCGAUUGCGUUUAUGAUUGUGUCAGGUUUUGUGCGAAUCUGGUUAACACCUGAAGAAGAGAAAGUACAUAAUAAAUAGAAGGGAAUGGUUUGGAAACCUUUUGUUGUAUUUCUUUUGUGCAUCUUUUGUAUGUGUUUUGUSGUUGAAUCAGUCAAGACCGUGCACAACUUGUUUG